AAUUUAUAUGGUACACCCGGUGUACUUUUACAUCCGGUUAUUUUGUAAUUUCACUGAACUUUUAGGUAUGUAAUUAGCGUCGUCUAUCUUUCUAUCAUCUUUCUUUUCUGCCUUUUACAACGUUCAUUCUAGCAUCCUAGCAUCUUCUUCAGCGAUCAUCUUCUCCAGCUCGUUGUGAUCUUUCUUUGAAUUCGCUUUUACAGUGAUCAUCUUCUCCACCUCGUUGUGAUCUUCCUUCGAAUUUUGUUUACAACGAUCAUCAUUCAAAAUAUGUUAUAUGUAGUCUUCGAAUUUGGUAAGAAUCUCAUCCUUAUAUUCUAUUCAUUUGUUUUCUGAUCUACAGUUCUUCAUCUAUUCUUCGUUAUUCUUCAUCUAUUCUUCGUUAGAUUUUUGCAAUUUUUUUUAAUUUUUCUUCAGUAUUUUAAUAUGAUCACUAGAUUAUGAGCUCUUUUUAAAUUUACUGUAGGUUUACGUUGAUCAGUUAUGUCUAUUUUUUCAGAUGAAAUUCCUUGUACUGGACAUGUAAUUGAAGACAUUGACUCGAGAGGCGAAAUCUUUGUUGUUGAUUCCAGUUAUUCCUUUUGUUUUUUCUUACUCUCUUUUUCUUAGUUUUGAAUUUUAUUUGCACUUUUUAGUUUUUUCCCCUUUUCCCUUGAUCCAGAUCAUUUUAUUUUAGCUUCAACUUUUGUUUUUUUUUUCAGCUAGCCAUUCUUCUACAAGUUUUGAUGCUAUACCACAAUCUGAUUCUUCACUUUUAGUUAAAGAAGCUGAAGUUUCUGAGCUUCUUGGAAAAACUGUUCUGUCAGAGAAAGAAGCUUUUGAUUUGUAUAAUGAGUAUGCUUUUAGGAUUGGCUUUGGCGUUCGUUAUUCUACUCUACGGAAGAAAGAAGGUUGUUGUGAUGUUAGAGGCAGAGAAUUUUGUUGCACUAAACAAGGUUCUAAGAAAAAUAAAGGUGUACAGGGUAAGGUAUUCACCAAAGUUGAUCGUCGUACAGGUUGCAAAGCAAAAAUUUAUUUUGAGUUUAGAAGCAAUGGUGAAUGGGUUGUGGUUAGACAUCUUAUGGAUCACAAUCACUCUUUUUGUUCUGGUUCUUUAGUUCAUCACGUGAGGUCUCAUCGUGACGUUUCUUCUUCUGAGUUGACAUAUUUGAAUCAUUUGAGAAAUAGAGGAGUAAAAAUAGCUGACGGUUUCCGCUGUUUACAAGCUGAAGCAGGUGGCUCUCCUUCAAUUGGUUUCGUGCUGCGCGAUGUCUACAAUGAAUUGAAAAAAAAAGUUUUGAAGGUUGUGAUGCAAAUACUUUGAUUAAUAUCUUUAGGAACACACAAACAAAUAAAGAAGACUUUUUUUCUCUUUUGAAGUUUAUGCUGAUGGUUCUUUAGUUAGCUUCUUUUGGAGAGACAAGCAAAUGAAAGAGGACUAUUUAGCAUUUGGAGAGUUGGUUGUUCAUGAUAUUACAUAUCGUACAAAUAAGUACGAUAUGAUUUGUGGUCCUUUUCUAGGUAUUAACAAUCAUACGCAUAACUGUAUGUUCGGUUGUGGGUUUUUGUUGAAUGAACGCAUUGAAUCCUUUGAAUGGCUCUUUACCACAUUUUUGACUUCAAUGGAUUCAGUUCAUCCAAAAACCAUUAUGACGGAUGAGUCUGCAUCCAUGGCUGCUGCUAUAUGUAAGGUCUUUCCUAGUUCAAAACACCGUCUUUGCAUAUGGCACAUCAUUGAAAACUCUAAAAACAUAUACGAGACUUGAGGAAUGACGAAGGCUUUUUGGACUUAUUUGAUCAUGUUUUGAAACUUUGUCAUACAUUUUCUGAGCUUGACUAUUAUUGGAACAGGAUGGUCACCACUUUCAAUUGUUCUGAAAAUGCAUGGUUGAAGAAACUAUAUGGACUUAGGGAGAAAUGGUGUCCAGCAUUUUCAAAAGAUUACUUCUCUUCUGGCAUUUUAUCAUCACAAAGAAGCGAGUCAAUGAAUAAUUCUUUGUCUAGAAAGUUGAAUGCAACGUCUUCUCUUUGUGAUUUCUAUCACUUUUUUUGUGAAGCUGUUAGUGAAUGGCGGAGUAAUGAGAGAUCAGAUCAACAGCGUUGUUGGGAUGGCUUCCCCGAGAUAUCAAUCCCACAUCUUGGUAUAUUACAUAAAGCUUCUCGAAUUUACACGAUUGAUGCUUACAAGCUUUUUGAGAAGGAGUUUGUCCGUGCUAUGUCUUUGAAACAUGAGGUUAAACAUUGUUUUGGUUCUGUUAUUCGAUAUUUAGUUUGGAUGCCUCAUAUUGAUCAGUUUUCACAUUGGGUUUCGUAUAACACGACAUCACAUUUUGUUGAUUGUUCAUGUAAGAGGUUUCAAGAAGUUGGUAUUUUGUGCUGCCAUUGUCUUCGUAUAUAUCAUAUCCACUGCGUUGAAGUUCUUCCUGAUUCUUAUGUUUUAAAACGUUGGACUCGAAUAGCAAAGUCAGAUGAACAGAGUCAGUCAUCUAUGUUAUCCAAUACUUCUAAUGUUUUGCCUUCUGUUUGGAGAAUGAAAAUGCAAAGGAAACUCCACAAACUUCUGUGUUCUAUUGAUUCUAAUGUGUCAGCGAGGCUGCUUUGUGAAGAGUCAUUCAAAAAAUUGAAACAUGAUGUUGAAGAACAAGUUGGCAGUAUUUACUUCUCAGACAGUGAUUCAGCUUCAAUUGGAGUUGGUACAAUUUCUAAUCCCAAAGGUUCAAGGAAAAAAGGUGAAAGAAAUGUUCGGCGCAAAAGUAUUGUUGAGAUUAAAUCAAAUCAAGCCCGAGGAAGGAAAAAGUCAACUGCACCAAGUACCUCACUUAUUGA